AGAGGAAACCAACAAAAUUAGCAAUGAAUGGAUUCGUGUUGUGUUCUUCAACAGGAACAAUAGAACCCGGAGAAAAGUGCAUCAUUGAAGUCGAAGCUGCACCGACCGAAUUAAAGACUUACUCAGAGGAUAUUGUACUAAUCGUGACCGAAAAUGAAAAGGAUUACUGCCGGAUACGCCUCCUAGCUACCGGAUGUGAACCUGUCAUCGAUCCAAAAACGGACGGCAUAUCUUUUAGGGACUGCAUCACCAUUGAAAAACCAGAAGAUUUUGUAGGACCAGAUGAUAUUGGCACACACUGUAUGUACAUUACAUCACAAAACACUUUGUACUUUAAGUUGGUUAGUAUGCGUUCUCAGAAAACAGUAACCAUUAAUUUAAAAAAUAGUGGAUUUGUGACGGCAAAUGUUAACGCUCAAAUACUUUCGAAGUCACACAUAUUCUCAGUCGACCCACCAAAUUUUGAUAUCGAGUCAUACAAAGAUGAAAGCAUCAAAGUUACGUUUUCACCAGUAUCGAUAGGAGAAGUAACUUCAAAGCUCCAGUUUACAUAUAAUUCUACAGUGUCUGAACCACUGAUUAUCAACUUAGUUGGUGAAGGGUACUUGCCUGAGCUAGAAAUGUUAGAACCACCAGUCGAUAUAACUAACCAUGGUUUAAUCAAUUUUAACCCAAUUUUGAUUGGAAGCGAUGCAACAAAAUGUAUAAUGUUUAGAAACUGUGGAAAGAUAUCUUGUAGUGUGAUUGUUGAGGUUGUAAAUGAUGAAGAUCGAAUUUUUAACUUGAAAGUGAACCAUAAUGAUAAGGAAAAGCACACCAUCCUUGUCAAUCUUAAGCAAAAUGAAGUCUCCCAAAUAAUGUUAACAUUUUCUCCAAAAUUAGAAAACGCUUAUUCUGCCGAAAUAAAGAUACAUAUUGUGGAUAACGUAUUUGAAAUGAUAAUGAUAUGUCUUUCUGGCCAAGGAUAUUACAAUGAUGUAAUACUUGAAGGAUUAGAUGCAUAUAAAUAUACCACCACUCGAGAUUUGACCAAUUCAAUAACUGGGCCAGUUGGUUACAAUUUAUCAUUUGGAUAUGCAGCGUUGUACUCUUUAAGUAGAAAAUGCUUCAGAAUAAGAAACGUAUCCAACAUUAACACCUAUAAAUUUAAAUUUCUGCCUGUAGAAGGUUUUGAGUUUGUUCCCACUGUUGGACAUCUAAAACCAAAGUAUUUAAAAGAUGUGAUUAUCACUUUUCACACAGCCAAACCUAUUAAGUACACCCAAGAACCGUUAACAUGCUUAGUCUUCCAAAUAGAGUAUGAAAAUCCUGAAUUAGAAAUGCUUUCAUGGGAUGACCGACAAACUACUGUUGUUUGGAACGACGAUAAUGAGCCAGUAUUAGAUACAAGUCGUGGAGAUCCACCAAACUCAGAAGUAACAAUCCAAGAGGAAAUGGUUUCAGUUCAUACAAGUGACAUUGAACAUAUUCAUAGAAGAGUUGUAGGAAAGUUGGAACCAGAAGUCAUUAUUGUACCUGACACAGAAUUGGAGAUACCUAUUAAUAUAACGGUGGUAGUUGACUAUGCUAUUUAUAAAUGUGAGGUGAAAAAUAUUGAACUUCCUGAUACACAAAUAAUGAAAAGUGAGACAGUAACGUUCCAAGUUGAAAAUAUAGGGACUUCCCCAUUUCAAAUAUCUUGGUCUAUUAGUUUAGAAGACGGAUUACCAAAAAGUACUGACGUACCUCCGUUAGGUUUAGAAUUUGCCGACGAGGCAGUCUCAGCUCGAUCGCAUGAGUCGUCAUUGUUUAGCGACUCAUCAGGCUUUAACACAUCUAGAACCUGGAGUGAUCAAAAUGAAUUACCCUUUUAUAUUAAACCUGAUAAAAUUCAAGUUGAAUCUGGCAAAACACAAGAAUUUCAAUUGAAAUUUGCACCAAUGGAUGCAUUUGAGUACUUGGUACAUUUGAAGUCAACCAUUGAAAAUCUAAGUCCAUCUCAACGAAACAUAGAUAUUCAAGUACUUGGUAAAGGAUUAUUGCCUUGGUACUACUUCGAACUUGAACGGAUACCACUUUCGAAUUUAAAUAUUAAGGGUAUGUGUGGAGUCAAUCUAGAAGAGUCUAGAAUUGUACAAUUCGAGUCGAUUGGUGCAGGAGCCAUUAACGAAAGAAAGUUCAACUUAGUCAAUCCGACCAAUGGAAAGUUAGAUUUCUCGUUUGAAAGAAGAACCAAUGAAGAUCCCUUUACACCCUUUACUAGUUUCGAAAAAUCUGGUAGUGUUAGUGGAGGAAAAAAAUAUGAACUAAAAUUUGUUUUUUCUUCACGAGAUAUCGGCAUCUUCGAAGAUUAUUACAUAUUUUCAAUACCAAAGUUGAAUGUAGUUGAAUCAUUUGUUCUGGUUGGAAUCUGCAGAGAACCCAAGAUUUAUUUCUAUCCAUCUUUUGUGAACAUGAAACCUACUCUCAUGAACAUCAUGUCUUCCAGCACUGUGGUCAUCAAAAAUGAUGAAGAUAUUCCAAUAAGAUUUUCAUUUUCUAAAGAUAAUUUGGUCUCAGAAGAUGGUAUGGAGAAACUAUCAAUAACUCCAUUAACUGGAGACAUUCAGCCAACUUCCGAUUGUGAAAUAAAAUUGGCAUGUAAGUCAACUCGAAGAGGCACGUUUUACUACAACCCUGUAUGUCAUGUUGAAAGAGCCAAUAAACCUUUGAAACUCAAUGUUACUUCAAAAUGUGUCAAAGUGGAAUCGGUUAUCUUCUACAUGACAAAAGAAAACGUUAAGAUGAACAUAACAUCAAUUAAGUCAAAUCCAAUUGAUUUUGGGACGAUCAACCUUUUCAAAGACUAUCAGAUACCUUUGACUAUUUUAAAUGAAGGAGAAGUAGGCUUCUACUACACAAUUACUUUUGAUGAAAUGUCUUCCGGCAACAUAUUUAUGGUGGAUGUUACAAAGAAACAUGAUUUUUUACCAUGUAAAAGUGGAGAUGAUGUAUUUAUAAAGUUAAGAGCAAUUAGACAGGGAAAGCUAGAAAAUCACAUCAUUAAAAUCGAGAUAUCUUAUGGACCGACCUAUUAUAUUGUUCUAAAAGCUAACGCACAAAAACCAUUGUGCAAAUUUGCUUCUGAUAAACUUGAUUUUGGCUUUUGUUUGGUGCAAAAAGGACCAUCCCAGUAUUAUUCAGUCAAUUUGAAAUUUAUUAAUAUGGAUAAACGCCCACUACUAUUGGAAAACGAAACAGAACAAUUCGAUGAUUUAACCCUAAACUUUAAAUCUGCCAAAGUAAACACAUAUUCCGAAAUUUUAAUUCCCGUUUAUUUCCACCCUUUAACAGAAGGAGGUUUCGUGUUUGUUUUAAGAUUUACUGUGGACUCCUCUAAGUAUUUGGUUCAUUUGAAAGGAACAGGCGUAAAUUUGGAUAUAGAUGUGAACCCCAAUUAUAUAGAUUUCCUGUCAGUGGGUUGUGGCAAAGUCAAAAAACAAUUUUUAACGAUAACUAACCUGACCAUGGUAAAUUUGAAGAUGUCUGUUAAUUUACAUGACAAAUUGCCAUUCAACUUUAGACCAAAACAACUCAUUGAACCAGAAAUGAAAAUGCCUGAAAUACCAAAGGGCAAAAAGAAGGAUGGAAAAAAAGGUGAUAAAACAUCUCCAAAACAGAAAGCUUCAACUGCCACGUCUCCUUCAGACCCGGAUACUGGAAAAGGGACAAAGAAAAAAUCGCCUAAAUUAGAUAAAACUAUCGAAGUAAAAGCACCUCCAGAGACGCCCCACAACUUUUUAAUAUAUGAGAAUAUUACCAUAUCACCAAACAAUAUCACUUUAGCACCGAAAAGUACAGCAAAAGUGGAAGUAAAAUUUAAACCAAUGCAAAUGAUGACUGAUUUUAUAGAGAAGAUAUAUUUGGAAGUUCAAGAUUAUGUCAAACCUAUUAGUGUUAUAAAGGGUUCCGUUUCAGCAUCUAGUUAUGUCUGGGAUAAACCAUAUUUAGCAUUCGGAAAGGUAAUCAUUGGUUGCCACUAUUCAAUGAGCGCCUUACUAAUAAACAAUGGAAAUAUCAGAGGAAGAUUUAAGUUACGAUUAAGUGAUCCACUGCACUAUUCCUUUGAACCUUCAGUUGGCAUUUUAUUGCCGAAAUCUCAUGUGAUGAUAAAUGUAGAAUUUAGUCCACAAGAAGUUUCAAACCUGCUGAAUGCUGAACUUAUAUGUGAAAUUGACAAUGGUACACAACUUGGUUUGAAGCUAUUAGGACAAAGUUGCAGUUUCCCCGAGCCUAAAGAAACACUCAGUUUUGUUUGUCCUGUGAGAGAAGAAGUAUCAAAGGAAGUGAUGAUUCAAAACAACACAAAUACGAAAUGGACAAUUAAACCAAUUCUCAUAUCUAAGCAUUUCCAUGUACCAAAUGAAAUAAUCGUGGAGAAAAUGUCAGUAAAAGCAUUAUCCAUCAUUUAUCGCCCAUUGGAAAUGACUUUAAAUCAAAAUCACUAUUUUGCAUUAUUUUUGCCAUUUCCCGAAGGACAAGGAAUGUUGUACAAACUUGUGGGUAAAUCUAUAGAACCUUUGCCGAUUGCUAAAAUCAGCCGGCAAAUAACGGCAAAGCAAACAUUCACAGAAUACUUCCCAAUCACCAACUGGAUGAACACAAAUCAACACUUCAAGGUUACUAAUCAGCUACUAACACCUCUGAACCCAAAAAUCUUGUACAAAAUAUCUGGAUCCAAGGACAUAGAUUUGCAAGAAAGGGCAACGAAGGAUUACAAAUGGUCCAUUUACGUAGUUAACGAAGGAUUGUUGGACUUUAAAGUUAUAUUUAAAAAUGAAGACACAAAGGAAUUCAUGUUUUAUGAAAUUUCCUUAACUGUCAUGUCCGCCAUCCAAACUGAAGUCAUAACAUUGAAGACUUGUGUUAGAGAAUCGGUGGUCCAUUUAAUUAAAAUCGAAAAUCCUGUUGAUAUUCCAUUGAUGUUUGACAUAUCUAGCAAUUCUCCAAAUUUAUACUUCUCGAACAAAUUGUGUCUUGAUCCUUACAGCAUGGCUCAACAUAAAAUAGAAUACAAGCCGUACAAGGUAGAAGACACAAAGGCAGAAUUGAAUGUCACCACAGCACCACUUGGAACCUUUCAAUAUGGAGUGCAUUUGAUUUGUUUACCUGGAGCUCCCGAAGCUUUAGUGAAAUUUAAAACAAAUUUAGGUGACCUUACCGCGAACUACAUUAAGUUUAGGAAUACCUUUGACGUUUCUUUGGACUUUUCUGCCAAAUUCGAACAUCCAGCGUUUUCUGUAGAUACUAUUCCUUCUAUUCCUGUUGGGGAGGAACGCUGUAUUGGUAUUACAUUUGAACCAACUGAAAUUGGAGAGACCCAAAGUAAAAUGACGUUACUGUCAAAUGGCGCAGGGGAGUUCAUAUACCCAUUAUUAGGAGAAUGUGGUUUACCCAAGCCCAAAGGUCCUUUCUAUUUCAAGCCCGGCUCAAGUAUACCAAUCAAUUUCAAAAAUCCAUUCAACACAGACAUGGAGUUUUUCUACAAUAUACCAGACAACAGGGCAUUUUACGUCAGAGCCACCAGCGAAAUUAUCAGAGCCAGAAAAUCUACUAAAAUUUUUGUGGGAAUGAAUAAUAUGACGACUCUUGUUGAGAAUGGUUUAGAUCCUCAGAUAACCUUAUCCGCCAAACUAAUGGUCACAACUAAUGUUCCAAAUGCAAAAUGGAUUUUCUAUUUGCAAAAUGAUAAUGAUAAAAUCGGGUCGGCCACUCAAAUGUCUUUAAGAAGAACUCUAAUAUAAUUUUUUAUUUUUUCUUUAUACAUUAUAUACUAAUAAAUUAUAUUUUUUA